GUGGCCAGCGCGCGUGUGGACAGUGUGCGACGACCGGGACAGCAGCGAGAACAGCAACCGCCUAGCCGUGCGGGGCGACACGUCCGGCUGCAGCAACAGCUGAGGGAACAGCGGCGCCAGCGACCGCAGCAACUGCAGCGACAACAACAACGGCGGUGAACGACUGGGGGGCCACCGUGCGAUGGCGACGCCCCCCGACAGCCCGAUCAUCGAAGAGGCGACACUAAUCGAGCUCGAGGAACAGCUGAACAACACGUCCGCGUUUCCGCAUCCCAGGCCCGUCGCCCUAGAGGACCUGUGCCGGCAGACCAAGUUCACCAGACAAGAGAUCCGCAUCAUGUACAGAGGAUUUAAACAGAAAUGUCCAGAAGGUGUUGUGCAUGAAGAUUUGUUUAAAGAUAUCUACUCUAAAUUUUUUCCCCACGGAAAUUCGAAUUUAUAUGCUCAUUUUGUGUUCAAAGCAUUUGAUGUGAAGAGCAAUGGCGCAAUUAGUUUUAAAGAUAUGCUGAUGACUCUAUCCACUCUGCUUCGUGGAUCUAUUUACGAAAAACUCAGAUGGACAUUUAAGCUGUACGAUUUAAAUGGUGACGGAUGCAUAACGAGGUCGGAGCUCAGUCAAAUCGUGUUAGCCAUUCAUGAGCUGAUGGGCAAAAGACCACAAGGUCGUGGUAGUACUAAAUCUAAAGAUCACACUGAUAUGGUAUUCCAAAAACUCGACAUCAAUCAAGAUGGCGUGAUUACGUUCGAAGAAUUCAUCGAAUCAUGUUUAAAGGAUGAAGCGAUCACGAAAUCAUUACAAGUUUUUGACUCCAGAUCGCUAUGAUUGUCGCUAUCCUCCAUCGACUCUAUAGAAGUAUCACUUCUAUCGUUCGAUCAGUCUGCUGGUCAGUCGGAGGAGGAGCAAUGCAGCCAACUACGGCAAGCAGACAACGAGUCUUCCCAAAACAAUAUUUUCUUUGAUUUCUAAUGUACAUAAUAAUAUAAUAUUAUUAUAUUGGCCGUUUUGGUUAAUGUUCGGGAACGUUCUUCCUGAAUUUCUUUGUCCGUUAAACUUCUAUUCUGAUGUGUGAUUUUCGGUUAGUUUUUGUUCUAUUAAAUGUGGCUUUUAUCUGACGCCAUUAUUAUUCGGUCCGUCCUAUAUAUUGUUACCGUGUUAAACGUAGGUACAUUAUACUACAUACCAAACAUUUGUGUCUCGAUCUUUGUAGAUUUAUUAUAAUAAUUGUUUACUGAUGGUGAUUAUCAUCAGUUUAUGGUUUGUUUUUAUUAUCUUCUAGAGGAUAACUAAAAAAUAUUGAGAAUUAUCAUUGGCGAAGAUAAAAUAUUAUUGUUAAAUUGAAUAAAAAAAAAAAAGAUGUAAUAGUUAUAAAUAUUUAAAAAUAACUUUGAGUGGCAUUAAAUUAUCGAGUGAAAUUAUUAUUGAGUGAUUAAUCAUUAUUCAUUACAUAUAUAUUACCUCAUGGGUAUGCCUGUACAUUAAUAAUAAUUAAUAUGUUUAUUACACACAUUUAAGUACAUAUUUCUUAUAUGUUGUAAAUGUGUAUUGCACACGGAAUAAUCAGAAAUUUGCGAAUAAAAAAAAAAAAAUGGGGAUCUUAUGGGAUUUGUAUUACAAAAACCUACAUAGGUUUUUAAAAUAAAUUUCUCAUCAAGCUGUUUACACAUUCAUACAUAAUAUAUGUAUAUACGUACAUGUGUGUUGUGUUGGUAUGUAUAUUUGCGCGUGUGUGUAACUUAGUUCAUGGUUUUAGUUCCUGAAGCGAUAUUAUUUAAAUUUUAAAUUCUUGUUCAUUACGUUUACAUAGAAAACUAACUUGUAUAAUAAUCAAGCAAUUAUUUCUGUACCCUUUAAGCUUGUAAAUAUUCUGUUUUUACUUUUUAUGACUAAAUAUUCGCACCUCAAUAUAUUUAAGUUUAAACUUUAAAGUUAAUUUUGUUAGUUUAAAUUCUAUAUCAUGUAAGUAGGUAACGAAAAUUACAUUUUUAUAUUACUAUAAUUGCAAGUCAAUUAGACUUUUUCAAGUUUCUUAUUUAUUGGAUAUUACUUAAUUAAUCCAAUUUAAUAAGCACAUACAUAAAUAAUAGUCUAUUUAGUUAACUUUGUAAAUGUAUACUUUACUUACACGUCAAAUCUAUGCUUAUAGUAAUACUAUGAUAGAUUUGGCUUACAUAAAAUAGCAUAAUAAUAUUGCACGUUGUUAAUGAGCAAAAAUAUUUUGUUAGUGUAUAAUUGAGUAAACACGCGGUAUAAAAAUAUUAAUUAAUAUUACAUUUUUUUUCUAUUUAACCUCAUUUUUGUUGAAAAAUAAAC